GCCGCCUGGGCGGGGCUCCCGGGCGCGUACCGCGGCGGGCCGGGCGGCCGGGCGCAGAGCGCGGAGCUGGGUGGCGCGGCGGCAGUGGGCCAUGGCGGGCUGCUGCGCGGCGCUGGCCGCCUUCCUGUUCGAGUACGACACGCCGCGCAUCGUGCUCAUCCGCAGCCGUAAAGUGGGGCUCAUGAACCGGGCCGUGCAGCUGCUCAUCCUGGCCUACGUCAUCGGGUGGGUGUUUGUGUGGGAAAAAGGCUACCAGGAAACUGAUUCUGUGGUCAGCUCAGUUACCACCAAAGCCAAAGGCGUGACUGUAACCAACACUUCUACACUUGGAUUCCGGGUCUGGGAUGUGGCAGAUUAUGUGAUUCCAGCUCAGCUUCCAGAUAAGACUACUGUGUGUAAAUCAGAUGCCAACUGUGUUGCUGGCUCUUCAGGCACCCACAGCAACGGAAUUGCAACAGGAAGAUGCGUGCUAUUCAAUGGGACUGUGAAGACGUGCGAGGUGGCAGCCUGGUGCCCAGUGGAGGAUGACACACAUGUGCCCGAACCUGCUUUUUUAAAGGCUGCGGAAAACUUCACUCUUUUGGUUAAGAACAACAUCUGGUACCCCAAAUUUAAUUUCAGCAAGAGGAAUAUUCUUCCCAACAUCACCACUGCCUACCUCAAAUCGUGCAUUUAUGACGCUGUAACAGAUCCCUUCUGCCCCAUAUUCCGUCUUGGCAAAAUAGUGGAGAGCGCAGGGCACAGCUUCCAGGACAUGGCCAUCGAGGGAGGCAUCAUGGGCAUCCAGAUCAACUGGGACUGCAACCUGGACAGAAGCUCCUCCCUCUGCCUGCCCAGGUACUCCUUCCGCCGCCUGGACACCCGGGAUGUGGACCACAAUGUGUCCCCCGGCUACAAUUUCAGGUUCUGGUGGCUCCCGGUGAUGCUCGGCGUUCCUUGGCUUACAGACCCAUCGCUCCCGUCUCUGCCACCCUUGUCACAUGGCCUUCUUCCCUUUGGACACAUCUCUGUGUGUCCCCUCCUUAUAGGACACCAGUCAUACAGAAUCAGCGCCCACACUAAUCCAGUACGAGCUCAUCUUAACUCAUUCUGUCUGCAAAGACCCUGUUUCCCUACUUCCAUUUCGCAUUCACAGGCUCCAGGUGACUACAAAUCUUGGGUGACAUGUUCAACCCAGGAGAGCUGGUCAUCUGGGAAGGACCAAGGGGCCAGGGUCAGGUUUGCCACUUCCUUGAGGCAGCUAAACCUUAGCCAGGUACAUUUUCGUGGGUGCUCUGUGGUCUCUUUAGGCAUUUUGCCACUCUUAAACAAAGCAGCCCUACUGGGGCCGUGCAAGGAAGUCUGAGGUGCUUUUGUGUUGCACUUGUCUCCCUCUAGUGGUGACGUGUAACAAUCAAAGACACGUGGGAUCAUAGAACCGUCCGAAAUUGCAGUCGGCUAUCAUUUUAAACCAUCUGGCACAGUGAUACCAGGGCAGAUAUUUGAAUUUUUUUCCUAGGAGAGAAAUUAGAUUUGUGUUGCUCGAUCUUUACUGUUACACAGUUCUAGAAACCACUGUGGAAAAUUUCAAGCUUGGCUCAGAACCUCGGGACAGAGAGAAGCUGAUGGGAGCCCUCACCGGAAGGACACCCAUCCCCCUGACGUCCGCUAGCAUCAGGCCCCACCCGAAUUCCCCAGGCCUGACCAGGACAUGGGGGUUGUGGGCCAGACCGCUCAUGGACCAAGAGUUCAGGCUUCUAUGAACCAAUGUCUAUAUAACACGAGCAGAUUGGAUCAUGUUUAGUCAUGAAGUUGUAGGACUAUCACAAUUUUAGAACAUUUUCAUCACCUCAGUGAGAAACCCCAUACCCUUCAGCCAUCACCUCUGUCCUCCCAUCUACCUCAGUCCCCGCCAACAACCGUCUACUUCCUGUCUCUCUGGACUUGCAUAUAAAUGGAAUCACACACUGUGUGGUCUUCUGUGACUGGCUUCUUUCACUCAGUAUCGUGGUUUUUUUGAGGUUCAUCCAUGUUGGUAGCAUUUAUCAUUACUUUAUCUCUCAUCACGGCCAAGUAGUUCCAUUGUGUAUUCCCACCACAUUUUAUGUAUUAAUUUAUCUGUCAGUGGGUUAGUGAUUCUUUAAAAAAAUGUCCAAUGCUGAUUCUGUGAGUUUUGUGGAGUUUCAUGGCCGGCUCCAUGCCCCUCCCACAAAGCAGUGCUGGGGUUUUCUGCUGGCUGGCCACAUUCUUUUAGUGGCCAGGAUCUCUUUGAGGCAGGCAGGUGACUCAGCUGUGAUACCAAGCAUAUCCAGAGUGAGAGGUUCCGGCUCAGCCAUAGGAGGCAACAGUUCUUCUGGUGCCCCGCGGGCCCUGGCACCCUCCUGCCCACAGCCCAGCCCUCAUGCUGUGUGACCCACGAUGGCCGGAAGAGGUCUUGAAACGCUCAGGUGCCGUCCAUCCAGCAUGCAGUGCUUGCUUUAGAGG